GCGUCCAAGUAAAAGGGUUACUCGAGUUCAUUUAGAACCCGAAAGUGCGCCGUGUACACUGUAUAGUGUAUAUUAUUAUUAACAUUUGGAGUUUUACCAAGGUUAAUUCGUGUCUAAAAGCCACGUGGAUUAUAUAAUCUGAAAGAAUUGCAAUACAUUAGGUUCAAAAGAUGUGUGUAGCAGGUACAGAAUACCCAUAAUGCACCAGCGCCAUGUUUGGAUUCAGGUUUUCAUCAAAUAAACAAGUAAAAUGAGAAGACUGAUGAAGAUGAUUGUGUCAGCUGUGGUCCGUGGUGUUGGAUAUGUUUCCUUCAGAUGUCUCAGUGGACGACCUCCUGCACCACUCGGAGGCAGAAUUCUCACCAACCCUAAGGACAUCUUCCAGCAUAACAUGUGGGAUCAUGUCCAGUGGUCACCAGAGGAGAUGGAAAGAGCCAUUCAAAAAGCAGAGGAGAACUCCAGAGAACAGAUUCCAGUAGAGGAGCAACUCAGGUAUGACAGAGAUGCUAACAAAUAUUGGGACAGAUUUUACAAAAUGCAUCAAAGCAAGUUCUUCAAAAAUCGGCAGUGGCUUUUCUCUGAGUUUCCCGAGCUCUUGCCCCAGGGCUGUUACACAAAUCGUACCACAGAAGGUCUGGAAGCUUCAGUGCCAGCAUAUCCUGAGUUAGGAGAAACUCCGCACAGCGGGAUGGAAAGCCAGCAGGAAGACUCUCACAUUCUCAACCAUGAUGUACUAAAAGAGAACACUCAUCAGCUUUCUGCACUGCACUCUCAAGAAGCUGCUGCUUUCCCAGGGCAACAUGCUUCUUUUAGAAUACUGGAGGUGGGUUGUGGUGCAGGCAACAGUGUGUUCCCUAUCAUCAACGCCAUCAGAGGCAGUGAUGUGUUCUUGUACUGCUUUGACUUUUCUUCCAAAGCAAUCCAACUUGUCCAGGAGCAUCCAGACUACGAUCCUGCAGUGUGCCAUGCAUUUGUGCAUGACAUUUGUGAUGAAGUGUCCAUGUUUCCCUUUCCUCAUGAGAGUCUUGAUGUUAUUGUUGUAAUCUUUGUGCUCUCCUCUAUUCACCCUGAGAGAAUUCAAAGUGUGCUUAAUCGUCUCUCAGGCUACCUGAAGCAUGGGGGAAUCAUCCUGUUCCGAGAUUAUGGCAGAUAUGAUUUGGCUCAACUGCGAUUCAAAAAAGGGCAGUGUUUGUUUGAAAAUUUCUACACACGACAAGAUGGAACCUGUGUAUAUUUUUUUACGAAAGAUGAAGUCCAUCAGUUGUUCACUAAUGCUGGGCUGGAAGAGGUUCAGAACCUGGAAGACAGAAGACUUCAGGUGAACCGAGGAAAGAAAGUGGUGAUGCAUAGAGUGUGGAUGCAGAGCAAGUAUCGGAAACCUUCCAGAGUACCAAUGUCCUAGAUCUUUCAACACCAGGAGAUUGACCACUGGGAUUAAAUAUGUGAAAGUAUAUUAGAAUGUAUGGACAUAAAUGAUCAUGUUGCGAGUGAGUCGUAUAGAAGGGUUAACUUAACAAUUGGCCAUGAGAGGGAAAUCAUAACUAAGAAAUAACUAAGACAUUUUUCACAGUAGAUACUGUAUUUUAUUAAAUACCUGAUUACUGUUAUACUUUUCUAUUUUAUUUAUGUGAAUAAAAACAGUGACAAAGACCA